AUGCCCGACCUACGGGAUGCACAGCACCAGGGACGCCUGAACGAGCACCUCUUUCCCCCGACGCCCGCGGACUGUAAGACGAUUGUCAGCCGUUACCUGAAGGAGUUCCGCACGGAGCAGUGCCCUCUCUUCGUGCAGCACAAGUGCACUCAGCACCGGCCCUACACUUGCUUCCACUGGCACUUUGUCAACCAGCGUCGUCGCAGAUCUAUCCGCCGCCGGGAUGGUACAUUUAACUACAGCCCUGACAUUUACUGUACCAAGUAUGACGAGACCACAGGAAUCUGCCCAGAAGGCGAUGAGUGUCCCUUCUUGCAUAGAACUACUGGAGACACAGAGAGGAGGUAUCACUUGCGCUACUACAAAACUGGAAUCUGCAUUCAUGAGACAGACUCCAAGGGCAACUGCACAAAGAACGGAGUCCACUGCGCAUUCGCUCAUGGGCCCCAUGACCUGCGCUCUCCGGUGUAUGACAUCAGGGAGCUUCAGGCGAUGGAGGCUUUGCAGAAUGGUCAGACUACAUCAGAAGGUGGCAUAGAGGGUCAGUCGGCAGUUGCUGCUAGCCAUGCUAUGAUAGAGAAAAUACUCAGUGAGGAGCCAAGGUGGCAAGAUACAACGUAUGUGUUGGGAAAUUACAAGACAGAGCAGUGUAAGAAACCCCCCCGUCUCUGUCGCCAGGGUUAUGCCUGUCCCUACUACCACAAUAGCAAAGACAGAAGAAGAAGCCCAAGAAAACACAAAUACAGAUCUUCACCAUGUCCCAGCGUGAAACAUGGAGACGAGUGGGGAGAUCCCAGUAAGUGUGAAAACGGAGACUCAUGCCAAUACUGCCACACUCGCACAGAACAGCAGUUCCAUCCAGAGAUCUACAAAUCCACCAAAUGCAAUGAUAUGCAGCAGUCUGGCAGCUGUCCCCGAGGACCCUUCUGUGCCUUUGCACAUGUAGAACAGCCUGCGCUCAGUGAAGAUUUACAGCAAUCCUCGGCUGUGUCUAGCCCGACACAGACGGGCCCUGUGAUGUACAUGCCAUCAGCAGCUGGUGAUUCUGUUCCGGUCAGCCCCUCCAGUCCGCACGCCCCAGACCUUAGCAAUGUGUGGAAUAAAUCAGGAACUCUGCCAACUAGCCCCACCUCCACCACAAUUCUUUGUAGGAACAGCAGUCUCGGAAGCCCAUCUAAUAUAUGUGGGUCUCCUCCUGGUGCCAUUGGAAAGCCACACAGCUUGGAGACCAUUGGUUUUCCUCCAGACUCUGUAACAGCAGCCGGCAGCUACAAGAAAGCACCAGGGUUUGAGCGAGAAGAUCAGGUGGGGGCCGAGUAUUUGAAGAGUUUCAAAUGCCAGCAAGCAAAAAUGAAGUCCCACUCACUGGAGCACAGGAGCCAGGAGCAGCCUUUGUUACAGCCCAAACAGGACAUACUGGGUAUUCUCCCAGUGGGGAGCCCGCUGACAUCCAGCAUCUCCUCUAGCAUCACCUCCAGCCUGGCUGCGACACCACCAAGCCCUGCCGGCACCAGCAGCAUACCAGGCAUGAAUGCCAAUGCCCUUCCUUUCUACCCAACCAGUGACACCGUUGAGUCUGUCAUAGAGUCUGCCUUGGAUGACCUGGACCUGAAUGAAUUCGGAGUGGCUGCCCUGGAGAAGACAUUUGACAGCAGCACAGUGCCCCACACGAGUGGCAUCAUGAUAGGUGGGAGUUUGCUGCAAAGUUCUGCUCCUGUAAAUAUCCCCGGGUCCCUUGGAAGCUCUGCCUCCUUUCACUCUGCCUCUCCUUCUCCACCGGUCAGCCUCUCAUCGCAUUUCCUCCAUCAGCCCCAGGGACACUUAAGCCAAUCAGAAAACACGUUCCUGGGGACAUCAGCUUCUCAUGGAUCAUUAGGUUUAAAUGGGAUGAACAGCAGCAUAUGGGAACACUUUGCUUCGGGGAGUUUUUCGCCCAGUACCUCACCUGCAUUUCUGUCAGGUCCAGGUGCUGCGGAGCUGGCACGGCUACGGCAAGAACUGGAUGAGGCCAACGGCACAAUAAAGCAGUGGGAAGAGUCUUGGAAACAAGCCAAACAGGCUUGUGAUGCUUGGAAAAAGGAGGCAGAGGAAGCAAAUGAUCGCGCCAACACAGCUAACAUGGAAUGUGAACUGGCCCGGGAGCAGAGGGAAGCCUUGGAGCUGCAAGUGAAGAAACUGCAGGAGGAGCUGGAGAGGAUCCACACAGGCCAGGACCCUCAGUUUCUGCGCUCCUUCUCUGACCUGGAAACGCUCUCCCUCUCUUCGCUUUACACCCUUCAGAAACAGUUGCGGGCAAACCUGGAGAAAGUCGAUAAGGCGGUAUUUCAGAUGCAGUCAGUGAAAUGCCUUAAGUGUCAGGAGGAGAACCGGGUGGUGUUACCGUGUCAACACGCAGUGCUGUGCGAAACGUGCGCCGAGGAGGGGGAGUGCCCCAUCUGCCAUCCCAACAGGCCCCACUCUCUCCAGUCGUGACCUUCCAAGGACACUUGUUCUAAUCAUAUCGUAUAGAUCUUUUUAACUUUAUACAUACGUACAUAUAUAUGUAUGUGUACAUGCAUAUAUGUAUGUAUAUAUAUGUAUAUAUGUGUGUGUAUGUGCCUGUUUGUGUAUGUAUAUAUAUGCACACGCACACACAUACACACAUAAAACAAAAAUUAGUUGCAGAGCACUUUUUAAUAUUUUACAUCCCGUAUCUAAACUGCCCCUCACCCCUGCCCCACUAAUUCUAACUCUUG